AACAACACCGCCCUCUUUUUUCCGGCCACUAAACUCAACUGCAGACGCCAAAAAUGCAGUCUCUGCAAGCCAAGGCCUCCGAGUGGAGCGGAGUCGACUCGGCCGACGCUUUCGCCAUCGACGACACCAACCUCUUCCAGAAGCUCGGCCUCCAGGCCUUCAUCAAUCUCUCUACCGAUUUCUACACCAGGGUUUACGACGAUGAGCAGGAAUGGUUCAGAUCAAUCUUCGCGAAUUCCAAGAAGGAGGACGCGAUUCAGAACCAGUACGAGUUCUUCGUGCAGCGAAUGGGAGGGCCGCCUCUCUUUUCUCAAAGAAGAGGCCAUCCUGCCCUGAUCGGAAGGCACCGGCCAUUUCCGGUGACGCAUGAAGCGGCGGAGAGGUGGCUGCAUCACAUGCAGCAAGCAUUGGAGAGCUCUAUGGAUAUUGAUGAAGAUUCGAAGCGAAAGAUGUUCAAUUUCUUCAAGCACACUGCUUUUUUCCUUGUGGCUGGAGAUCAGCUGAAGAAGGGUCAACCUCAGAAUGGGACUCAAACUCCGACCCAACAACAAUAACGACAGCAAGUUCAGUCUAGUGUUCGAAAUGAAUUACAAGACUUCUGUAGUGUGUUGGUUGUUAGUUUGUUACCUUGGCCCAUUAUUAAUAUAAAAGCUCCAAAGGUUUACUCUUA